AUGAAGCGGGUACGGCUCGAUCGAUUGGGCGGCCAAUUGCUGCAGGCCCAAGCCCAAGCCCGCGGCGGCAUCAAUAUCACAAGACAGGCCUUUCUGCAAACGACUCGACGACAGACCACUUCGGCUACCGUUACCGAAACUGAGAACAAACAAUCUACACCUCAACCUCUCCCUUCUCCUCCUUUUCAACGCGCGGCAGAGUCGGCUAAGCUUGCUGCCCUCCAUGCUCGGUUAUCCCUCUCCAACAAGAUCCCUCUCGAGACUCUCGCCCGCACUCUCAUUGUCCCCUCGGCCGACCAGAACCCCAGCUACAACAACUCGAACCUCGCUUUCCUCGGCAGCACAUUCAUCAACUACCAUGUCCUCGAAUACAUUAUAUGCAAAUGGCCCCGUCUGCCAAUGCCCAUCGUCUAUGAGGUCCUCCGUGCCUUUGCUGGAAAGGAAUCCCUGCACCAAAUAGCUCGUCGAUGGGGUGUCGAGGCCGCCGCUGCUCCCGGAGAGGAGGUCGACCCAGGUCUGCUACAGUGGGCACCCAAGGACUCGGGCAUGCAGACUCGAUGGGGAUAUGUUCGUCAAGAGGCCGCCUAUACCGACCGAUUUACGCCCCGCCGUGGAAUUAGCAGCCGAGUGGUUUUCGAUGACGAUUUCGGCGAUGUCAUUGAAGAGCCCAAGACUGGCGAGGAUGGAUACAAGUACUACCAGCACGAGGCGCAUUCUUCUUUUGUUCAGGCCGUUGUCGGUUCCAUUUACACCCACGCCGGUCAAGAUGCCGCCCGAGACUUUGUCAAGUCCCACGUUCUCUCCCGGCAGGUCGACGUUUCCGCCAUGUUCCAGUUCAAGCUGCCCACACGAGAACUCGCUCUACUUUGCGCCCGUGAAGGCUUCGAGGCUCCCAUUGCCCGCCUAGAGAGUGAGACGGGUCGUCACUCACGAACACCCGUGUUCAUUGUUGGCAUCUACAGUAGCUCGGAGAAGCUCGGAGAAGGUGCCGGUGCUAGUCUGGACCUUGCUAGGUGGAAGGCUUCAAUGAACGCCCUCAAGGCGUGGUAUCUCUACAGCCCUGGCAACAAGGUCCGGGUACCAAGUGAUAUGCACGAGCCAGGUGCCAAGCCCUGGAAGGCCCCUCAUAUUGAUAUUGGUGAGAUUAUCUAA